AUGAGUCUACCUACCUUUUCCUUCGAGACCACAGCACAGGAGGCCGCCAGCGCAUUGCGGGAACAAAUUUCAGGCAAAAAUGUCCUCAUUACUGGAACAUCUACCAAAAGCCUGGGACUAGAGGCUGCACGGGCAAUGGCCCCUUAUGCCAAUCUAAUCAUUAUCACAGGAUACAAUGCUGAGCGCCUGAAAGCUUCAGAGCAGGCCCUCAAAAAAGAAUUCCCGUCUGCUAAUAUCAGGCCGCUGACCCUCGAUCUCUCUUCCCUCGCAUCCGUGCGCAGGGCUGCCGCAGAGGUCAACGCCUACUCUGAACCUUUGCAUGUUCUCAUCCAUAACGCUGCAACCCUCGGAAGCUACUACGUCACUGAAGAUGACUUCGAGAUCCAGGUCGCCACGGCCCAAUUUGGGCCUUUCCUAUUCACCAAACUUGUCACGCAAAAGCUCCUCUUGGCUCGGAGUCCGAGUUACACCCCCCGUGUAGUGUUUGUCUCUAGUAGCGGUCACCAAGGAGUCAAGGAAAUGAACUUCAGCAACCUCCGCUAUGGGUACCCUGGCGAUGAUGCGGGGACUGCCGACGUCUUGAUGCACCGUUAUGCUGAAGUGAAAAGUGCGAAUAUAUUGAUGGGAAUAGAGAUAUCCCGUCGCUCGAAGGGCCAGUUGCGUGGCUAUAGUCUCCAUCCAGGAAUGAUUGCAACCAAUGCGGUUGACAAAGAAGCAUUGUGGCCUGUGUUUCGUCGACUGGAUGUCGUUACCUCCGACAUGAAGCCUAAGGACUCGGACAACGGUCUCGCGAAGUGGAAAACCCUCCCACAAGGCGCAACAACCACAGUCGUUGCAGCCUUUGAUCCUCGGCUUGACGACAAGGCUGGCGCGUACUUAGUCGAUGGAAACAUCGCUGCGAAGGACCAGGUGGCGCCCCAUGCUGUCGAUAUCACUAACGCGGAAACGCUCUGGAACUUGACCGAAGAAAUAUUGGGAGAAAAAUACGAGUUUGCAUGA